GUUGCUCCAGCAUCCAAGUCGUGAAUGCAGAUCUCUUCAUCAUCUUCAUCCUAAGGGAACAAUCAUAGCUGAUCAUAGCUGAUAGUUCACUGUUGAUCAUUGUGAGGGAAGGAACAAGCUCCUUAGGCUUGGACAAGCAAAUCCUUGGAUCGGUUCUUCUGCUGCAGAGACCAAGCAGAAAGUGUUUUCUGCUUUGGCGAGCAAUACGUUUGCAGAAAGGCAGAGGGGAAUCUGGUCCAUUUUUGGCCUUGUAUUGAUUAAUAGAUCUGCGUAAAAGGAUAAGAAGAGAAUCUCAGGCCGGCUUGAUCUUCCUGUUUAAACUUGCGUUCAAUCACUGCUGCGAAAGCAAUUUGAAGUACAGCAUCCUGGCGUUUGUGACUAGGAAGAUCGAAAACACCUGCAGCACUUUGGGGAACCAUUGGGUACACAUUGCUUGAGCUUUUGCUUCUGUAAAGCUGCCAUAUGAGGCUGCAUUCGUGAGCUUCUUCCGGGGUCCUUGGCACCACUCUCACGAGUAGAAGCAUGGUGAUCAAAGUGCCCUUUCGACUGGAUCAGAUUGUGCCCAACCAGGUUCGAAGCAAGCUCAGCAGUCUGAGCAACUCACCCAGAGGAUCAGGCACUCCAAGGACUCCGGGCACUCCAACCUCAAGUUCGUCUCCGGGGGGCACCCUUGCCAGCUCAAUCAAGAGGAAGCUUGUCAGCCUACGAAGCAGCUUUAGCUACAGACAGGUCCGAUGGACAAUUGCAGACUAUGAGGAGUUGGCACUCAGGCUCAAGGAGCUGAGCAAUCUGGAGAGCAUAAAUGCGCUCCUUGACUGGGAUGAACAGGUUAUGAUGCCAGAAGGAGCAGCUGCCUCUCGUGCUGCACAGCGGAGCACUCUAGCAGGGGUGAUUCAUGCAAAGUGGACGGAUCCUCUACUUGAGCGGCUGCUUCUUAAGCUCCAGCCAAUGAUCAAUGGUGGUUGCGUUGGGCAUGAGGUGGAGGAUGAUUGCGAUGGCUGCCAGAUUGGACCGUUCGAGAGAGCGGUCGUGCGGGACGCUUUGAAGAAGCAGCAGAAGAGGGCGGCUGUCCCAGCGAGAAUAGCACAGCGGUCCGCGGAGCUGGCGUCAGAGGGGUUCCAGGCUUGGUUGAAAGCUAGAGAGGCAAACGACUUCAGUGUUCUUGCUCCAAUACUGGAGGAGUGGGUCGCGCUCACACAGGAGAAGUGUCAACUCAUUGACUCCUCACAAACGCCCUACGACAUCUGCCUAGACGAGUUUGAGCGGGGGAUGACGAGCCAAAGACUGGACGAGGUCUUCUCAGAGGUGAAGAAGGGCCUACUCCCUCUGCUGAGCUCGAUCAGGGCACGUGGGGUGCCUCCUAGCAAUGACUGGAUUAAGGGGAGCUACAACCCGGAUGAACAGGCCAAGCUGUGCCUGCGCAUAUGCACGGACCUGGGGUUCAUGCUGGACCAGGGCCGGCUGGACGUGUCCGCGCACCCCUUCACCGGCGAGACCCACCCCACGGACGUCCGCAUGACCACCCGCUUCAAGGAAGGCUGCCUCAUGGAAGGGCUGCAAGGGGCCAUCCAUGAGACGGGGCACGCACUGUACGAGCAGGGCCGGAAUAUGGAGUACGAGGGCCUCCCCGUGAGCGAGCCGCUAAGCACCGGCGUCCACGAGAGCCAAUCCCUUCUUUGGGAACGCAUGGUCGCCGGCGGCCUUCCCUUCUGCCACUAUCUUCUCCCCGUCAUCAAGGAGCACUUCCCCGAGUUUCCGGCGACCGCAACGGCCGGGGACCUCUACCGGGCCAUGAACAUGGUGCACGACCCCAGCCUGGUGCGUACCGAGAGCGACGAGGUGACGUACCCCAUGCACGUGGUCCUGCGGUACGAGCUGGAGCGGGAUCUCAUCAACGGGACCAUACAGGUCGCCGACCUGCCCCGGUUGUGGAACGAGAAGAUGCUGGAGUACCUGGGGUGUACGCCCCCCGACGACGCCCGGGGCAUCCUGCAAGACGUUCACUGGAGCUCCGGCAUGUUCGGCUACUUCCCCACGUACUCGCUCGGGGCCAUGUACGCAUGCCAGAUGUUUGAGCAGGCCAAGAAGGAGCUUCCCGACCUGGAGCAGGACAUCGCGGCCGGCCAGUUCUCCCAGCUGCGUGACUGGCUCUACAGCGAGAUUCACCAAGUCGGCUCCCUGUACGAGAGCGGCGAUCACCUGAUGGAAAAGCUGACAGGGUCUCAGCUGCGACCGGAGUGCUUUUUGCAAUAUUUGCGGGACAAGUACGGGCCGCUUUACCAGUUGGAGGAACCACAGCUUGCUGAAUCCAUUAAUUCGGCGGAUGAAAGUUGAAGUUGGCUCGUCACCAUUGACUUUUAUGCAACUAGGUUGCGCGUGCUUCAGAACCGGAUUGGUAAUAGUCCACAGCCAAUGUGAAAACAAGUGUACAGCGUGAGUUGAUAGAUAGAUGCGCGGUUCGUCAAUGGCAAAUAGCCGAUAGCCCGUUACUUUCUGCUCAGAUGACGCUUAGGAGCUUGCUACGAUCAACAAGAGUUGGGUAUGUGCUGGCAUUGAUAUCUCUUGAGGACCAGAUGGCUCCUCGGAUCGGCAACUUCUGCUCUGAAGUAUAUGAACGGCUGAUAAAACGACAGUUAGCUACAGGCUCUAAAUCAUGGAUGGCUCUAGUUCUGAUGGUAUAGUUGCGCGGCUCUGGCAUGAGACCACUAUGGCCUGUUGCAACCGCCUCGCC